AUGGUGCAACAAGCGCCUCCCCAGGGAGGUUCAAGGAAGAUCUCCUUCAACGUCUCCGACCAGUACGAAAUUCAAGAUGUCAUUGGUGAGGGAGCCUACGGUGUUGUCUGCUCCGCCAUCCACAAACCGUCUGGACAGAAAGUCGCUAUCAAAAAGAUUACUCCAUUCGACCAUUCAAUGUUUUGCCUGCGGACGCUGCGAGAAAUGAAACUUCUCCGGUAUUUCAACCAUGAGAACAUCAUCUCUAUCUUGGAUAUCCAAAGACCCCGAAACUACGAAAGUUUCAAUGAGGUUUAUCUCAUUCAGGAACUGAUGGAAACCGACAUGCAUCGUGUUAUCCGCACCCAGGACCUGUCAGAUGACCACUGCCAAUACUUUAUCUACCAGACUUUGCGUGCGCUGAAAGCCAUGCACUCUGCGAAUGUUCUGCACCGUGACCUUAAGCCCUCAAACCUUCUCCUCAACGCCAACUGUGACCUGAAAGUCUGCGACUUUGGUUUAGCUAGAUCCGCCGCGUCGACCGAUGAUAACUCAGGCUUCAUGACGGAAUACGUGGCGACACGCUGGUACCGUGCACCCGAGAUUAUGUUGACAUUCAAAGAGUACACGAAGGCGAUUGAUGUGUGGAGUGUGGGUUGCAUCCUUGCAGAAAUGCUGAGCGGGAAGCCUCUUUUCCCUGGAAAAGACUAUCACCACCAACUGACGCUAAUCCUGGACGUUCUUGGAACGCCUACGAUGGAAGACUAUUACGGAAUCAAAUCCCGACGGGCUCGGGAGUACAUCCGAUCUCUCCCUUUCAAGAAGAAGAUUCCUUUCAAGGCCCUGUUCCCGAAGAGUAAUGACCUGGCACUAGACCUGUUGGAGAAACUGUUGGCGUUCAACCCGACGAAGCGCAUAACUGUUGAAGAGGCCCUGCGUCAUCCGUACCUGGAGCCGUACCAUGAUCCCGAUGAUGAGCCAACAGCCCCACCAAUUCCGGAGGGCUUCUUUGAUUUUGACAAGAACAAGGAUGCUCUCAGCAAGGAGCAAUUGAAGGGUGAGUCCACGCCACUUCUUUCGAGUUUCUUACUAACUUUCUGUAGUUCUUAUCUACGAGGAAAUUAUGCGCUAGACAUCUAG